AUGGUAGAAAAACUUGAAAACACCAGUAAAAAACUGGAUCCAGAAAUCAACAUCAACAAUGCAAAGUUAAUAACAGACAAGCAACACCCCGAAGUGGAAAAAGGACAGGCAUACAAAGACAAAGAAACUCUAAAGAAUGUCCUCAGCUACUACGCAAUCAAAAACAACUUUCAGUACAAAGUAUUGAAGUCCUGCUCUCAAGAGUACAGUCUAAAAUGUGUUUACGAAAGCUGCAAUUGGUCACUACGAGCAUCGAGAAAUGGCCCAACAAACACAUUCAUAAUCAGGAGGUUCUCAAAUAUGCACACAUGCCCCAUAAAUAUUAGGCAUGAAGACCAAAGGCAAGCAACAUCGAAACUGAUAGGGGAAUGCAUAAAACCGAAGUUCUUGAACAUAAAGACAAAGGCAACACCGAUGGACAUAAAAGGGGAGUUGAAAUACAGAUAUGGCAUCAAAAUGAACUAUAUGAAAGCUUGGAGAAGUAAGGAACAUGCAGUAAACGACUUGAGAGGUAAUGCUAGUGACUCGUACAGCCUAAUACCGAGUUUCUUACACAUGGUGGAAAAAACAAACCCUGGAUCAUUUGUCGAUCUGAAAACGACAGAAGACAACAGCUUGCUCUUUGUUUUCAUGGCGUUGGAUGCAUCCAUAAAAGGGUGGGGAGCAUGCAGACCGAUAGUUGUUGUGGACGGAACGUUCCUCAAAGCAGCUUAUGGGGGAAAUUUGUUGUGCGCAUGCACACACGAUGCAGCAGGUCAUAUUUUUCCACUAGCGUUUUGUGUUGCAGAUUCUGAGAAUGACCAAUCUUGGAAAUGGUUCUUCAAAAAAUUUAAAGAAGCGUAUGGGGUACGGGAACACCAAUGCCUAAUUUCAGACAGGAAUGAAAGCCUCAUCAAAGCAAAGAAGAGAAAUCUAUCCGUAAAUUAG